GACCACGGGACUAUCGUUCAUUUUUGUAUGGACACAAAAAAACACCAAAAACACUUCAAAACACAGAAAACAAACUGAAAUUUGCUUUCAAUUUCUUCUCUCUCUCUCUUCUUCACCACCACAUCCAUGGCUUCUCUUCUUGCCAACGGUAUUUCAAGCUUCUCUCCUCACUCCCACACCGAAACCCCCAAAAUCCCAAAACUUUUUUACACAAAGCUCGAAUUUUUGAAAUCUUCAAACCCUAAAAUUCCUAAUUUCAAACUCUUCAAGGUCAGAGCAGAUGUUGGAUACGAACCCAAAACCCUUGAUUCCGAGCUUCCUCCAAUCCCAGGUACGCUUUCAAACGAUGAAGACGCAAUUCACAAAUUCCUCAAACGCGAUUACAAAUGGGGGUUCAAUGAAGAAAUCGACUCCUUCACGAUUCCGAAAGGGCUUUCGGAGGAGACUAUUCGAUUGAUUUCAUCCCGAAAGAACGAACCCGAUUGGAUGCUUGAGUUUAGAUUGAAUUCUUUUGAGAAAUUUCUUAGGAUGACUGAACCCAAAUGGUCAGACAAUCGGUACCCUCCGAUUGAUUUGCAGGACAUGUGUUAUUAUUCGGAACCGAAAAAGAAACCGACUUUGAAUAGCCUCGAUGAGGCUGAUCCUGAGCUUAUUAAGUACUUUGAUAAAUUGGGUGUUCCUUUGAAUGAACAAAAUCGAUUGGCUAAUGUUGCUGUUGAUGCUGUUCUUGAUAGUGUAUCGAUCGCUACGACUCAUAGGAAGACUUUAGAGAAGGCGGGUGUGAUUUUUUGUUCGAUAACCAAGGCCAUUAGGGAAUACCCUGAUUUAGUCAAGAAGUUCUUAGGUAAGGUUGUUCCACCUGAUGAUAAUUACUAUGCAGCUUUAAAUUCAACUGUGGUUAAUGACGGGUCGUUUUGUUACAUACCUAAGGAUACCAAAUGCCCUAUGCAAAUCUCGACUAAUUUUGGCAUAAAUGCAUUGGAAACCGGGCAAUUUGAGAGGACCCUUAUAGUUGCUGAUGAUAGGAGUUUUGUGGAGUAUUUGGAGGGGUGCACUGCACUGUCUUAUGAUAGGAAUCAACUUCAUGCUGCCGUGGUUGAGUUGUACUGCACUGAGGAUGCGGAGAUUAAGUACUCCACGGUGCAAAAUUGGUAUGCUGGGGAUGAGCAAGGGAAGGGAGGGAUUUAUAACUUUGUUACAAAGCGGGGUCUUUGUGCUGGGGCUCGGUCAAAGAUAUCGUGGACGCAGGUGGAGACUGGGUCUGCGAUUACUUGGAAGUACCCAAGUGUUGUUUUGGAGGGCGAUGAUACGGUGGGGGAGUUCUAUUCUGUGGCACUGACCAAUAACUAUCAGCAGGCUGACACGGGGACAAAAAUGAUUCACAAGGGAAAGAAUACACGAAGCAGAAUUAUUUCAAAGGGAAUUUCAGCUGGAAAUUCACAGAACUGUUAUAGGGGGCUUGUUCAGGUUCAGUCAAGGGCAGAUAAUGCUCGGAACUCUUCUCAGUGUGAUUCGAUGCUUAUUGGUGAUAAUGCAGCUGCCAACACUUACCCAUACAUCCAGGUGAAGAACCCCUCAGCUCGCAUCGAACACGAAGCUAGCACCUCCAAAAUUGGCGAAGAUCAACUAUUCUACUUCCAGCAGAGAGGAAUCGACUACGAGAGAGCCAUGGCAGCCAUGAUUUCUGGGUUCUGCAGGGAUGUGUUCAAUGAGCUUCCCGAUGAGUUUGGUGCUGAAGUGAACCAGCUCAUGAGCUUGAAGCUUGAAGGAUCUGUUGGUUAGUUAAGCUGUCUAGUUAAUAAAACACGUUGUUGUUGUCGUGGAAUAUCUUGCAAAAUGUGUAUUAAAGAUUUACAUUAAAAGGUAUAGCUAUAUGUAUAUGGUUUGAUAAUGUCUACAUGUGUUUUCCAAUUUUGAAUUUCCAAAUUGAGUGGUUAGAAUUGGCUUAUAUAUUGAUUGAAGUAGUUGGUUUAGCAGAA